GGGCAGGAUCAUCCCCCACCUCUUAGUCUGUUGCGGGUUCCCACGUGCCACUAAACUGAACAUAACGCGAAUCCGAUUGCUAGUGAACUGCCAUGGUCUCGGGACAGAUACAUGCAGAUUCCGGAACAACGUCUCAGACCCAACAUGCAAGCUAUGCGGAUCCGGACCAGAAGACACUACUCACUUUAUAUCUCACUGCCCCGCCCUCUCUUCUGCCCGUAUUCUCCCGCCUCUGCUGGCGGCCUCCGACCUAGCGCCGUUAUUAGACUCAGACCCGAACGGUUUUGCGGAACACAUCCUGGGAAUUCGCUGGAUCGAGGAUCCGCCACUUCAGAGAGAGAUCGUUGUGUUUCUACAUCGUCUACACUCCGAGCAUCACCGUCAACUACUCGCCCUCAUAUAAUUGCCUACCCCAUAGGCUACUCUCCUUCAGUGGAGGUUACAAAGAAGAAGAAGGAGAAGAAGAAGAUCUGCGUACAAAACGACUAAAAACUCGCCUAUAAAACCACAGACAAGUUCUAAAUCCGAAAGCUGCAACUUCUGUCAACCCAACAACUGAGGUAACUCACUGAGACUACAAGAAAGAGAGAGAGAGAAAAUGCGUCUGACUCUUCUUGCCUUGGCUCUGGCUACCCUGCUGGUGGCUUCCUCUGCCUAUCCUGCUAAGAGGGAGAGGGUCCACUAUCCUCAGCCUGACAUGGCUGAUGGUCAGGCUGAAAGGGCCUACUAUCCUUACCCAGAACCAGCUCGUGUGCAGCCUGCCCUAAUCCUCGGUCUUCAGGUGGCUAUAGCAGUCCUGGGUAACUUCAGGGGUGAUAGACUCAGCCAAUACGUCGACUGCUUCGAGAGGAGUAUUGGAUAUGACAGCAGUACUGAACUCCCGGCUAACAUCACCUUCCCCACGUUUGGAAGAGACAAGGAGGUGUACGUCUAUUUCUUCAUAUCUCUCGUGCUAUACAACUUUGCUCUCUGCAUCUAUGCCUUGAAGGUCCACAACAUUGUAGAGGUGUACAUGUUCCUAGUCAUCAACCUGUUGGCUAUUGGGUAUGCCGGAGUCCAGGGGUUCCUGCUGAUAGUGUUCACGGUUGUGUUUGUGGUGAUGUCACGAUUCAUCUACGUGGAGUUUGGCUGGAAGAUCUACACUAGAGUCGGCUGCAACUCUGAUCUUAGAUGGUACUACCGAGUGUACGAAGUGGUCAUGAGUGGAGUCAAGCUUCUCAUUCUAUUCAUGCUGAUAUUCCUGCUCUCUCAGUGCAUUCUCCUCCUCUACGUCGAUGAAAACAACAUCAACUAUGAAUUCUGGGUCGUCAUUUUUGCACUCGUCCCAUUUGCUCUCGCUGCAUUUCCCCUCACACGGUUCAUUGUCCGCCGUGAGCAUAUCCUUGGCUCCAUUGGUCUCAUUGUCACCGACAUUGCAGUCAUUGCCUACAAUGCCUACAAGAUAUUCAGGUAUGCCACGAGGUCGUGUCCGCUGUGUCAGGAGCAGGUGAGCGAUGUGGAGGACGAGGUCCGUUACAUCGAGGCACAACUCAGCACCAACAGCAGCAGCUCGACGGUGCGAGAAAUUGUCGACCGCAUCGAGCAGUUCGAACACCUCGUUCUUCUUGGAGUGGUAAACCUGGUGAUAGCGGUGCUGGUGUUGCUGGUGUUCCUCUACCUCCUGAAGCAGUACCGCAAGGGUCUAAAGGAAUACUUUGUAUCUCAAAGUUCCGGGAAAGGAGGUCUGUGCAGCUGCUGCUCCUCGAGACAAGGUGCCUACGACAUCGCCGAUGGUGGCCGACGGCCUCGCGGUGUCUUCCUCAACCUGAGGAAAGUCGCUCACGACUGGAGCGAGGGUCGAAAACCGUCCGUGACACGGAGCUCAAAUCUUGUCCCAGAGUUUGGGAUGGCAGAGCCUGAUUUCAGAGAUGCUCCUCCCACCACGGGAGAUGUGGGGUCAUCAUUGAGCAAUAGAUCCAGGGCCGCCCCCGUCAGGAAAGUGACAAUACAAGAAGACUGAGUGACUCUGGAUUUUUUUAUAACCUUGUGCUUUUUAUGCCAAUUUUUACUAAAAGUCAUCAUUACCUAAAAGCUAGUGUGGGUAUAUAUAUUCUUAUGAGGUCUCAAGUUCUGUCAAUUUCUGAGUGACCAGCUGUGGGUCUCCCAGUGGGAAAUCUACUGAGUGAGUACAGACAGACAGACUUCCUUAUACUGUAGCAGUGAGCGGUGUAAACUACCAGCUGCAGUUAUUAUACACAUGAGCAUCUGGCAGCUAUGGGGCCGGUAGGCACUAUAACCACCUCCACUGCAUAUAUAUACUGCCAAAACAUAUGCAUAAUGCAGUGGUGGUAUAGGGAGUGGAUGAGAAGAAGGAUGGCCUGUGGGUAGCUCUUGAUAAACUUGGAAUUGUAAUAACAAGGUUGGGUUCACAGUUGCACUUGCUUGAUAGGGAGUUUGGUUGAGAAAAUGUGAGUGUGAGUUUGGUUGAGAAAAUGUAAGUGCGAGUUUAAUUGAGAAAAUGUAAGUGUGAGUUUAGUUGAGUUAAUGUGAGUGUGAGUUUAGUUGAGAAAAUGUAAGUGUGAGUUCAGUUG